CUACUUAUAGUAGUAACAGAUCAGACUGAAACGCAGUUGUAUUGCAUCAUCACAAAAUGCAUCUCCUUACACUGAUCUUUGGGAUUGUGCUUCUCACUAAAGCCCACACCCUAAAAUGUAAUCAGUGUGACAUUGGAAACCCAGGAAGCUGCGCAGUAAAAGAAUGCCCUUUGGCAGGUCAACGGUGUAGUGCAUUACGUUUAACUUCAUAUGCAGGUGGUUCAAAAAUUAUGGAUGUCACCACAAAAAGCUGUGUUAUGGCUGAAGAGUGCGUUGAGGCCUCUGUCAACUUCGGAAUCUCUCAAACCGUAAUUAAGAACGAGUGCUGCAACUCUGACUUCUGCAAUGACAAACUUUCCCCUGUGCCCAGCAAAACCGGUCCAAAUGGUAAAAAGUGCUUCCAAUGCAAUGGACAAGACUGCACUGCAACUCUUAACUGUGAGGGAACUCAGGACCACUGUCUCUCAGGCAAAGUGAAUACAGGAAGUGGAACAGUUACCUUGAAGGGUUGUGUCUCCAAGCUGCUGUGCUCACCUGGAAACCAAGACUUGACCAGAACAAUGGGUACAGAUAUGAGCUGUUGUCAGGGGGAUUACUGCAACAGUGCCAGCAUCAAAAGUGCUGGCAUUCUGCUCCUGGUGGCCCCGCUGUUCUCCUUGGUCGUGCUCUCUUAAAUGGUGGCGGUGGCAACAUAACCCCCAGCUUUUCUUUUCAUCUUUGCAAGGCUUCAUAGUGCUCAUACACCGAUGAGUAAGAAAGUUUAGCAGGCUAAAUAUUGAAAUAUAAUUUAGUAAAGUUGUGAUUUCAACUUGUCUCUUGCAUCAGCUAGUAUCUACCCAGCUUAUUUUCUUUUUUGCAUGUUGCCUUUACAAUAGCGACUUUUGCAUAGAAUGAUGAUCAAAAGUCUCUUUCUGGGAAGACAAUGUAAAACAUGAUGCACAACUUUUGUUAUGAGUGCUAUAUUGUUAACCUGAAACCUAUUUUUAAUUAAAAUGACCAAGAAUAUUUUGAUGUAAUUUAUUUAAAAGCUGAAUAAAUACAUUUCUCAAAUUUC